AUGAACCCCGAUGUGUCAUCUGACGACAUCGAGUGGAUACUUAUAGAUGGUACCCCGGCGUCGUGUUCUAAUAUUGGACUGUACCAUCUUUCUCGCGAACCGUUUGAUCUCGUGAUUAGUGGCCCCAACGUUGGAAGGAAUACUUCGGCGGCUUAUAUUACUUCUAGCGGGACUGUUGGUGCAGCGAUGGAAUCCGUCAUCGCAGGUAGCACUAGAUCGAUUGCGUUAUCCUGGGCGUACUUUAAUGGGGAGAAAAAUGUGGAUCAAAAGAUCUUGCAAGUCGCUGCCGUUCGGUCGCUUGAGAUCAUUGACCAUUUGUACCACCAUUGGAACGAUAACACUGAUUUUUACAGUAUUAAUGUGCCUUUAUCGAGUGAACUAGAUGCUAGUACUAAGGCACAUUAUACUAUCCUUUGGGAUAAUAGAUGGAACGCAAUUUUCAAUGGGCCUAAAAUAGGUUCCGACUCCGGAGAAAAUGGGAAUGAAAUCGAAGAUGGAAAUGAGUAUCAAACGAUAACUUUCGAUUGGGCUCCAAACUUCAAACACCAUACUAAUUCGCAUCAUUACCACGAAAGCUCCAGCUCUAAUGUAGAUAAAAAUAUUAUUGAAAAGAAAAUGAUCAGUGUGACGCCAUUGCGAGCAACCUUUAAAAAUGUUGAAAACCUUGUUGGCGAGUUAUUGCUGUCCAGGAAAGAUUUGUCACCUAAUAAGGUUGUUAUCUCAAUAGAUCCAAAGGAGUAUGUUUAUACGCCUUUGAGAAAGGCUAUUCUGAAAUACUUGCCUGAUUACGAUAUUCUUAGCAAUCUGCCGUCUUUGCCAAAUUUCAAAGGAAGAAUAUUUCAUUAUGGUGACUACGAACAAUUAGAUAUGGAAAAACUUUCCUCUGAUGUGGACCAUUACUUUGCAAAUUCCUAUAUCUACCGCAAAUCACUGAUAAGAAAGCAUUAUCUAGCACAAACAAUUCGUGCCUUUGUAGUGAAAAAUCCGAACUCGAUUCUUUCCAAAGCCUUCCCUGAGACCUUUUCAUUCGAUUUGGACUAUGCGGAAUUCCUAGAUGACUCGCUUGACGAAAAUUGGGAAUUAAGACAAGAGUUAGAGAAAAAUGAAAAGUGGUGGAUAGUCAAGCCUAGUAUGAGUGAUAAAGGUCAAGGAAUAAGAAUAUUCAAAAGUAUUCAGGAUUUACAAGAAAUAUUCGACUCAUUUGAUGAAGAUGCUACCGACGACGAGGAGGAAUAUGAUGUAAAGAGAGAUGAGAACAAAAUCAUCAUCUCACAGUUGCGACAUUUCAUUGUUCAGGAAUACUUGAAUACACCGUUACUUCUACCAUCUAUGGACAAUAGAAAAUUUCAUUUGAGGGUUUAUGUCAGUUGUAAGGGGUGUCUGGAAGUGUACGUAUAUGAUAGAAUGUUAGCACUUUUUGCCCCAAACUCGUUCGAGGAAUUGGCUGAAAGCCAUUAUAAUCCUACCGAUGUUAACUUCUUAAAAUCUCAUUUGACCAAUACAUGUCUGCAAUCUGAUAAAGAGCAAAAAAAUAUAUCUGUUUUAGAGUUUGAUCAGUUGAAGGAUAUGAGCGUUGACGAUAAAAAAGUCAUUAAAAAACAAAUAUACGAAAUUGCACAUGACGUAUUUUUAGCCGCUGUCAAAGUUGAUAGUUUUGGUUUUCAACCAUUACCAAAUGCAUUUGAGACGUUCGGUGUAGAUUUUCUAGUCGAUUCAGGCCUCGAAGUGAAGCUGCUUGAAAUAAAUGCCUAUCCUGAUUUUAAACAAACGGGGGAAGCGUUGAAAAAUGUAAUAACAAAUUUGUUUGAUAAUUGCGCGCAACAUAUCAUAGCCCCUCUUCUCAAUGAAAAUAAAAAAAUACAAAGUGGAAAGACUGAUAACAUGAUCAAAGUCUUGGAUUAUUCUGCUAAUAAUUGGUAG